AUGGACCCAGGCUUGGAGCAAGCAAUACUGAACAAGUACAACCUCUCGACACUAUGGCCAACACGAUGGCCCGACGAGAAGAACGACGAUUCCGACUCAGACGCGGAAGCUCCCCCCGCCGCAGCAGCGCAACCGGUCCCGGGCGCGGAGAUAUCCAAGGAUGGCAAGGAGAAUCUGGUGCAGAAAGAUGAGCAGGACCCGCUGGGCAUGUACCCGAGUGUCGUCCAGGUGCUGCGGUCAAGGAGCGUGCAGGUAGAGGAUGAUAUCAAGCUGCGCAAUCGCUUCCUGCUCAGCUCCACGACCUUCUCCCCGCAGCUCUUCCUCUCACAGGUCCACAGCGAUGCCUCGACCGACAUGCUGCUGGCCGGCCUCGAGUACCUCUCCAACUCGAUCGAAAAGAAGUCUGCAUCGCUCAAGGUGCUUGUAGAAUCCAACUUUGAGCGCUUCGUCGGUGCGAAAGCUACAAUUGAUCGCGUGUACACCGAAAUGCGUGAGCAGGGCAAGGAGGCCGAGUCACCCUCACGUUCGCAGCAUUCACGGGUUGGCAGUCGCUCGAGCUUCUCUGGGAGGAAGGUGAGCGACACGCUUACGCCCGGCAUCAAGACGCCGGCCGAGAAGAGGAAGAAUGCGUUGAUUAAGGAGAGCGAAUAUGGUGUCCAUGGCAUCAAGGUCCCGCUCACCGAGGUUGCGGCCAAGGCAGAGGAGGUCUGGGGCCCCGCGCUGAAUGGCCGCGAGAAGGAGGAGACUCUCAAGGCUAUACAAGAGGCCGUGGACCAGCAUCGCGGUCUGUUUGAAGUGGCGUCCGCGUUGCAGGAGGCAAUACGCCGCAAGGACCACGAGUCAAUUGUGGAAGAGUACAAGCGUGCGCGCAAGUAUGCCGAAGAUGCAAGAGCCAUAGCAGAGCAGGCAGCUGCCUCGAGAUCUCCACUGCCAGACGCGAAACUCCAUCAGGUCAUCGUGACGGCGAGGAUGUGGGCUGAAGUUGAACGUCUUAUCGAAGACUUCAAGAGAGACUCGUGGAAGCGACUGGCCAACACACACUUCACCAAACUUCAGACUGGGACGGACGAGACCAGGUCUGAUCAGUACAUGAGCAUCAUCUCUAUCAUGCUCGAACUUGGCGUGGAGGACAACCCCAUCUGGAUCUGGCUCCUGUCGCGCUACGACCAUCUCAAGUCACGAUUAAAUUCGAGCUGCGAGCGCUCUAGAGUCGAGCUUGAGGUGCUUCGUCGACAUUUGGCAAACGGCGAGAAGCCAAGCCUGCGUCAGCAGCAGAAGCACCUGCGCGCGGUUCCCAUGAGCAGCACCAUGAGCGUGGAGCCGUCGAAGCUCGACUCACCCAAGGUCGUUGAGUUCUGGGAACAUUGCUAUGCUUCCAUGAACACGAUUCUGUCCAACCGAGGUGGCCUCGUAGGUGAAUUGAUCGAGUACUGGGAGAUCACCCAAUCCUUCAUAUCUGGUCGCGCGCAGAGAAACCUACCGACAGGCUACCAGAACCAGUCGUCAGUCCAUCACAAACUCACUGAUGAGAACAAGAUCGAGCUCGAGAAGGGAACUACCGAACUGAUCGGUAUUGUUCGCGAACACCUGAUCUCAUUCUUCUCUGACCCGCCACUUGAGGAUGUGUCCUUGCUCUUCUCGCCCUUGCCAACCUCACCCACACCCACAACGCCAAGAACACCACUCAGUGCGGCUUUGAGCCCUACAUCGGGUUCGAGAUUCCGCUUCGAUCCAAAUAAUAUGCCGCCCCCGUCACCUAACCGUGGCGAAAGCUGGGAGAAGUAUGCUUUCUGGCCACCACAUGCGAAUGCACUCUCAGGUUCACACUAUCUGUCAAAAACGCUUGUACUAGUCGGAACAGCGGCAAACGAACUGGCGUCGCUUCGGCUCACUGAGACCGGAGCAGCUCCUCGUCUCCAUGAAGAACUACGAUCAUUGCUGGGUAGCGUACGCGAGCGUUGUGCGCAAGCUGUAUGCGCUGCUUGGAACACCGAUGCUGAAAAGCUCAAGGUGCUUGAAGAUUGGACUCGCAAUCCUGACCGCAAAGAUACUACCAAUUUGCCGCAACGUUUCAUGGCGGUGCAAACAUUCCUACUGAACAAUCUGCAAAAGACACUGUAUGUCGAACCUUCGACCAAGACAUCUGUGGACGUCGUCGUGCCGCCGAGCAGCAAACUCUUACAAAUGGUCCGAAGCCAGUUCGUUACUAGUCUGUACCGCACGUUGAGCGGCAUGGUCGAGUGUGCAGAGAAAGGAAGGAAAGCCAUCGGCGAGGACUUUGAAGUACGAGGCGACGACAUCACCGUGGACCCACGCGAGAUGGAGGAAGACGGCUGGGGAAAAGUCGAUUCGAACAACAAGUCCAUCCGCCUCCUCCUCACCCUCUCCAACAUGUCCGCCUUCCAAUCCUCAAUCUCCCCCUCCCUUCUCUCCCUCUUUGAAACCCUCUUCAGCGUGCAACUCACCGACGAAUCCAACCGCAUACGGGACGUCCUAUCUCAACUCGACGCCCAACUCUUCCUCUCCUACACAAAACCCCACGCCACGAAAAUCGCACAAACAAUCGAAUCCGGCGUGUUCAGCCCUACAUGGGCACCUCCUCCCCCGCCCGGCAAAGGCGUCGCAGACCGCGACCCCAGCCCCUUCGUCUUCUCCGUGCUUCUCGACCUCGUCAUCGUGCACACCGAGUCGUCAACAACAUCCUAUCCCCUCACCCCGCGCAUUCUCCGGUCCUUGUUCGAAUCAACAACGCAGUCUCUCAUCGCAACAUUCCGCUCCCCCAAUCUCGCCGCCAUAUCCCUGCCGCAGCUCAUGCAAGCCACGCUGGAUGUGGAGUUCAUGGCCGCAGACCGCUCGCGAGCUACACGACUGAGGUGGCGUCCCAGGUGCAGACGGAUAUCUACCAGGUGCUCGAUGCGAAGACGGAUAAUGCGGCGCGUGUGA